UUGACUUACUGGAAAAUGAAAGAGACUUUUCCAUCAGCAGCAUCAGCACAGGACUCCCAGCAGGGAUAACAUGGCAACUUCUAUCAGUAAUCCGACUAUGCCUUUCCAGUGUGCCAUACCUGGGGGUAUACGUGGUGGCAUGACAGUGACUAUUGAUGGGACAGUAUUCAAUAACUGUAAAAGGUUUGCAGUGAACUUUAAAUGCUUCAACAAUGACACUGCCUUUCAUUUUAAUCCGCGGUUUGAUGAUGGCAACAUUAUUGUAUGCAACACAGAGCUGGGCAACAAAUGGGGCUCGGAGGAACGGAUGAACCACAUGCCCUUCAUCAGGAAUCGCUACUUUAAGAUAAACAUAACUGUACAGGAAGACGUCUUUCAGGUCUCAGUGAAUGGAAAUCAUGUCUUGCAUUACCGUCAUCGUGUUUCCUACCACAGCAUCAAUUCUCUCCAACUCUGGGGUGAAAUUACUCUUAGCAACAUUUCCUUCUCUUAGUCAGUGAAGAACUGGGCCCAAGGCACUAGAAUCUAAAUUCUGACUACAAAAGAAAUUAAAGGCAUGAAGUCCCCCACUGAAAAAAUGAUUGUUUGUGGGAAAGACAAUAUUCCCAAGCUGUUGCUUGCGUGUAGCUCUGUCCCCCAUUGCUUUGCCUGCUGUCCUGUAUUCUGAAAAUGAUAUGCUGUGUAAUAAAGUUCCAACUCCAACAGUAAAUACACCAGUGUCAUGGUUGUCCGAGCCCAAUACCCACUCAUGUUUGACCCUUUACUGUUAUUAGAAUGAGCUCUAUAACCAAACUCAUUGCAGCACUUUGUCACAAACAUAAAGUCCAUGUAUAGCCCCCCCCCGGCACUAAGGGCCAACAGCAAUCACUUGUCUCUAGAGCAGGGGAACCCCAACGUUGAGACCACUGGGAGCAACACCCAAGGGGUUGGUGUGCAACAUGGCGCCCCCGAGCCACUGCUCUACAGAAUCACAAGACACCUCUAUAUUACUUUUUUAAUUUGUUUUUAUUUUAUUUUGCAUGCUUAACGAACAAAAUAAAUUAAACUAACAUCGAA